AUGGCGCAAAGGUCCGUUCCGGCGCCGUUUCUGAUGAAAACGUAUCAACUUGUGGAUGAUCCGAGCUCGGAUGACGUGAUAUCGUGGAAUGAAAGUGGGACGACGUUUGUGGUUUGGAAGACAGUGGAUUUUGCGAGGGACAUGUUGCCCAAAUAUUUCAAGCACAACAAUUUCUCAAGCUUCGUCCGCCAGCUUAAUACCUAUGGAUUUCGAAAGACCGUGCCGGACAAAUGGGAGUUUGCGAACGACAACUUCCAGCGAGGGCAAAAGGAGCUCCUGUCCCAGAUCCGCCGCCGGAAAUCUGUGACGUCAACGGCGGCGCACGCACCCCCCGGCGAAAAAUCCGGAGUACCAUCGACACCGUCGAACUCGGGGGAGGAGAUGGCGUCGACGUCGACGUCGUCGCCGGACUCGAAGAACCCGGGGUCGGUGGAGACGGCGGCGCCGAGCCAGGUGUCGGAUUUAUCGGACGAGAACGAGAAGCUGAAGCGGGAGAACGAGAAUCUGAACUCGGAGCUGGCGCAGACGAAGAAGCAGUGCGACGAGCUGGUGGGGUUUCUGGUGGAGCACAUGAAGAUGAAGCCCGAUCAGAUCAACCGCAUCAUUGGGCAGGGAAUCUGUGGGCCCAGCGGCGAUGAUUUUGAAGCGGACGAUCAUGGUCUUGAUCUGGAUAUGGAGGGUGGCGAUGAUGAGGAAGAAGAGGAGGAGGGAUUGAAGCUGUUUGGGGUUUGGGUGAAAGGGGAGGAGAAAAUGAAGGGGAAGAAAACGGGGCGAUAUGAGAAAUUGGGGGUUGGUGGUGGCGGCGCCGGUGGGCCCCGCGCGAAGAGAAUGAAGGGAGGGGUGGAAUUUCACGCGCCGAUGAUGAGGACCGGGAAGGUGUGCAACUAGGCUAGCUGAGCAAGCCGAGCUAAGCGGAGCUAGCUGGAAGGUUGGGGAGGUGUGCAUGGUAACUACUGUGCACAUACCCGCAUGCAGUUUGAAAAAUUUGUAGAAAAUGCUUUUAAUUUUGCAUAAAAUAUGGAGCAAUACCGAAGUGCUUAGGUGGUAUCGUAGAAGGGUUGCAAAUUUGCAAUAGAAGGACAAAGAAUAUGGCGGUGUUAUUAUGUAGCUAUAAUAAGGAAUGGGGUUUUUGAACCUUGUUAGGUAUGGAGGAUCCGGAUUCGAUGCUCUGAGGUGGUGAGUCUGCUUGACUGUGGUCACGGGUAGGAUGAAAUUCUCUAGGUCCAGAAGAGGUGGAUAACUGUGGCUUGUCACCCGUUCUUUCUUUUCUUUUUUUUUGAAAAAAUUAAAAAAAAAAACUUGUUUUGUAUGGACAAUGCUGGAAAAUGAGACUUUGAAAUGGUCUCCUUUUUUUUAUUUCCAUCGCUUAGGAAAAUUUAAUAUUUGCAAUUUUACAUUUUGUGUACAAUCAUUAUUAACUUGCUUGAUCAUAAACUACGGUAAGUUUGGGGAA